AUGUCCUCAAAGACUGCUUCCACCCCCAAUGAAGAACCAAGACCGCUAAAUUUGACGCGCCCGCAGCGGCACCAAGUGGAGAUUAAUCUGGAGCGUCCAGGACGUGGGACCGCCGCGAGCAACCCUCCGCCUGGGAACGCCGCAAGCAACCCCCCGCCGGAAAGCGAGGCAUCCUCUGAUGUCUUACCAUUCCCAGCAGUUAUGUCGUUCAAUCUUGAUCGUCCCAUCCGCAACGAUCAUACAACAAACAAUGAACAUGCCCCGCAUCCCAACCCUCCGAUCAAUCUAGAUCGGCCAGUUAAACGACCAUCGGUGACAAAGGAUCUCCCUAGUUUCAACCUUGACCAUCCUGCUCGUGUUCAGAAGCCAACGACUGAGCAGCUCAAUCAGGAAUUGCAUCCUAUCGAUCGUCACUCCGUAUUAAACCUCGAUCGCCCUGUUCGACCGCCGGCGACCCCUUCCUUAAAUCUUGACCGCCCAAUGCGACCGCCGGCAGCCCCUCCCUUGAAUCUUGACCGCCCAAUGCGACCGCCGGGUGAAUCGACCCACAGGAACGAUACCAGCUUGGAAGGUCGCAUUUCGCCAGAGUUAAACCUUGAACGCCCUGCCCCAUCUACGUUUAACCUCGACCGUCCAGGACGAAAACCUCCUCCAGUUGACUAUGAUUUCUCUCUUCGCCAACCUCCAACAUCGCAGGAUGUCCGCAACUUAAAGUUGGAUCGUCCUCUUAGGCCUCCAUCCAUGGAUGCUCUUUCUCCACCCUCACGUGCAACUCUCCAUCAAGACUCCGCAGUGCUUGAGGCCUCGCCGCCGGUCGGUUCUCACCCUAUCACCACCAAAGUGGGCUUCAAUUUGGAUCGACCUGCAAGAACAAUCAAAGUCAAGAUUGAACCUUCAGAUAAUCCACCGCUUUCACAUGCUGUUCCACCCACUCAUUUCAACUUGGAACGUCCACACCAUUCUCCGGCGGCAUCAAUGUUCGCCGCAGAUGUCGUAGAUCUCACUUGUUCGCCGCCUGCCACUCAAUUGGGCUUCAAUUUGGACCGACCCGCAAGAACAAUCAAAGUCAAGAUUGAACCGUCAGAUAGUCCAACACUUUCACAUGCUCUUCCACCCACUUCUUUCAACUUGGAACGUCCGCACGCCUCUCCGGCGGCAUCACUGUUAACCGCCACAGAUGUUGUAGAUCUCACUGGUUCGCCGCCUGCAGUUCAAUUGAAUUUGGAUCGGCCACUCCACAAGGCACGCUCCUCUGGUCUUACAUCCACCACUCCACCUGCUAUGAACUUGGACCGUCCCCUCCGCAAGGCAAAAUCGGCCCUAAGCUAUGCAGGUCUGCCGCCAUCUGCCUCCAACCCUCCCAGGAAGGGAACACACCCUAGCGUCAAAGAGGAGAUGACAAGAGAAGAUUGGACUGAUGAAAAACUAGACUUUCCUAGGAAUAAGGUUGGUCAUGGUUUUUGUCUUAUCUUCGGUUACUAA